AUGACGGCCCACCCGUCUGUCGCCGCCGCGCGAGAAGCGACCAUCGACCCGAGUCCCCUGCUCCAAUCAAGGGAAACUGGCGAAGCAUAUCCCGAAAAGGCACAAGAUGGAGCCCAGCUGAGGCCACCGCCGCCUGUCGCAAAGUCAUGGGCUCACUUCGUUGCUGGAGGCCUAGGUGGCAUGACCGCUGCGACUCUGACCUGCCCACUUGACGUUCUCAAAACCCGCCUACAAUCAGACUUUUACCAAUCACAACUAAACGCCUCUCGCGCCGCAAGAGGCAUCCCACCGCUGUCGCAACUCUCCUACUCACGAACCGCAAUCCUCCACAUCCGCGAAACUUUCCAGAUCUUGACCGCCAUCCCUCGCGCAGAAGGCCCUCGCGCUCUCUUCAAAGGUCUAGGACCUAAUCUCAUCGGUGUCGUUCCAGCACGAGCCAUCAACUUCUUCGCAUACGGAAACGGAAAGAGAAUCCUAUCGCAAAACUUCAACGACGGCAAAGAAGCCUCAUGGAUCCAUUUGCUCGCAGCCGCCCAAGCAGGCAUGAUCACCGGAACAGCCACGAAUCCAAUCUGGCUAGUAAAAACACGCCUCCAACUAGACAAAUCAAGAGCAGAAAAAACCGGCAGCGGCUUGGAUGGCAGAAAAUACAAAAACGCUUUGGAUUGCACACUACAAACCGUACGCUCGGAAGGUAUCCGCGGGUUGUACAGAGGAUUGAGCGCGAGUUAUCUGGGCGUGACGGAAAGCACAUUACAAUGGGUCCUUUACGAACGCAUGAAGGGUUAUAUUGCAGUAAGAGAAGAGCGCAUCGCUCUCGCCGGUCGCACGCGCACAUCCUGGGACGAAGCAAUUUCCUGGUCGCUCAAACUCGGUGCUGCGGGAAGUGCCAAAUUCGUCGCCGCCUUGAUCACAUAUCCUCACGAAGUCGUCCGUACGCGACUGCGACAGGCUCCUGUUACCACGGCCGUGGAUGGCACGCCACAACUCAAAUACACCGGUCUAGCACAAUGCUUCAAGCUGGUCUGGAAGGAGGAAGGUAUGGUUGCGCUAUACGGCGGUUUGGUACCGCAUAUGCUCCGUGUCGUGCCCAGCGCCGCCAUCAUGUUCGGUAUGUACGAAGCCGUGUUGCGAUUCCUCGGAACGGAUUCUGGCGUGUAA